UUUAGUGCGUCAGACGCUCAGGUCUCACUCGCAGCUCUGACAGGAAAACACACACACACACACACUCUCUCUGGAACUCCUGACAAAACUCCUGACUCCUUCUUGGUUUCAUGGUGAUUUAAUGAUUGAAAACUACCAGCGAGGACACUUCAGCCUCUGUUAUGAAGUUGAUCUCCACCAUGUGAAGACAUGUUUCACUCAAGGUGCACAACAGGAAGCUGUUCAGCAGACGUUCCUGGUUCAGGAGUUUCCUCUCUGCCUGGACGUCGCUCGCAGGAUGUUCCGGUUUCAUCCCUCUAGAGCAGGAGGCAGAUUCACGUCCGAACCUGCUGCACAGCAACAGAAGUAAUAAUCCUCCAGGAUGGCGGUCCCCCCUCUCUAUGUCACCGAGGAGCCCGGGGCUGGCUUAACCGAAGUGGACAUAUGUACAUUCCAGAUUAAUAUCAAGUAUGAAGUCAUCCAAACUGUCGUCUGCGCCGUUUGCCUUUCCUUUGGCCUCAUCUACUGCUUUUUCGGAUACCGCUGCUUCCGGAUGGUCAUGUUCUUCUCGGGGUUCCUGUUCGCGUUGGGAGGCGUCCUCCUCUUAUACUCCAAGGAGCCUUCGCUGAACACGCAUGCCGGGAUGGAGACGAAGGCGGGCAUCGGCCUGGGCGUGGGGGUGCUGUGCGGGCUGGUGACCAUGCUGGUGUCCACCGUGGGACUCCUCCUCAGCGGCCUCCAGCUGGGCGGCCUGCUCUCCCUCUCCGUCCUGGUGGCCGUGGCUCAGUUUCACAGCCUCUCGCCGGCCUGGGUGCCCCUCAGCGUCGUCCUGGCCGUCAGCAUCGUGGCGGCCGUCGUGACGCUCCAGUGGCAGAAACUGUUCGCCGUGGUCUACACGUCCGUCUUCGGAUCGGCCGUGGUGAUGCUGUGCGUGGACUACCUGGCGGGGGCCUUCGCGCUGCCAGAUCAGGUGUACGACCUGUUCUGUGAAGCCGACCCGCGGCCCCUGUGCUGGUAUAACUGGGUGAUCUUGGGGAUCUGUCCUGCUCUGAGCCUCGUCAGCGCGCCGGCGCAGUGGAUGUUCACAGCCAAGGGAGUGUCACACAGAGAAGCUGAAUUUGCAAAGCAGAGAAGAAAUGCCAAGAAGUACAGAUACAAAGAGACUCGCAGAAGGCCUCCGCCACACCGCCGGCGCCGGCCUCCUCCCCUGAAACGCUACGCCGGGGACGUCCUGGCGCCGAGUUACCUGCAGAGCCUUCAGGAGCGGCAGAUGGGGACGGGCUCCUCCACCAGCAGCGUCAGCACCAUCACACACACCCUGAUCGACUUUGACUUCGAGACGGGCUCCAUGGUGCCUCUGACCGCCGCCUCUCCGGUCUUCGCCGUGUGAACCAAUUCACCGCUGUCUCCGGGAAUCCGGUGCACCAAAAUGUCUUCUUUUUUUCUAUUUUUAUUCUCUGAAACAACCGUCAUCCUGUCCUGGUUUGGGUCUCAUUUGUCAGAUAAUCAUUAAAAUGCACAGAGUGAUUUCAGAUGCUCUGGGAUUAUAAUCUCAAUGACAGCCAGACUUUUUGAAGCAUCAGGAUCAAGAUCGCCACACAGCUGCUCACCAGUCUUCAAAUACUUCUUCCAUUUCUUUGGAUAUGUAGAUUUCACAUGUGUUUAGAUUCGUUUGCAGUCAAACUUUCAAGAGGACAACUGACGGUUUCAUAUUAGCGUUUGAAAUAAAGUAGAGAACAUGCAUAAGAAAGGUGGUAUUCUGGACAAUCAACCAAUAAAAC